AUGGCCGAACGACACUCGGAGGAUGAUGAUGUGUACGACUACAUCAUUGUCGGCGGUGGUACUGCCGGCCUCGUGGUCGCUUCUCGCUUGAGUGAAGAUGCCGAUGUCUCUGUGCUCGUUAUCGAGGCAGGCGGGGACAAGACCAAAGACCCCUUUGUCAUGACACCAGGCCUGUUGGGGGCUUUAUACGGCAAAGAUGAAUAUGAUUGGAAUUUCCUCUCAGUUCCACAGUCCAUCAUUGAUGCCUGGGAGACAAUUGGAAACGAGGGCUGGAACUUCGAGACUCUGGCCCCAUACUUCCGAAAUUCAGAGUCAGGUCCAUUAGCCAUCUCAGUCGGCGAGGGAUUUGGGCCAAACAAUUCCGCGUGGAUGGAUGCUUUUGAGGAGCUAGGUCUGAAGAUGGCUGCUGACCCAAGGAACGGGUCCGCUGUGGGCGCGUUUCAGCAAGCCGCGAACAUCGAACCCGUCACGAAGACCAGAACCUCAUCGGCAUCCGCAUACCUGACCGAAGAGGUCAGAGCCCGUCCAAACCUCUCGAUACUGAUAGAUACUGUAGUCAGCCAGGUCAUCCUGAACAAAUCUGAUGAUGGCGCCAGUCAGGCAGUCGCUACAGGAGUGGAGAUUCGCUUCAGUAAUGGUGUCAAGCGCACCAUUCGUGCCAGUUUGGAGGUCGUGCUGGCGGCUGGUGCUCUUCAGACUCCGCAGAUUCUCGAAUUGUCCGGAAUAGGAGACAGAGAGAUAUUGACGAAGCGAGAAGUUCCAGUCAUUGUUGAGAAUGGAAACGUCGGGCGAAACCUUCAGGAUCAUCCCAUCGUCUGUGAAAGCUUCGAGGUUGCAGAUGGUGUGGUUUCAGGAGACAUUCUCCGAGACCCUGACCUGCUCAAGGCGAUUGUGGCUCAGUACCAAAGCAGCCAAGAUGGGCCCUUGGGGCAGAGCAUCAUCAGCUCGGCAUAUGUACCAAUGGCUGAUUCAUCCGGCAUUCUCACUAUGGAGGCUCGCAGCAAUGUUUCGGAUUACAUCACGCCAACUGAGCCCGAGAACUACAUCACCGUGAUGGUGUUUCUCAAUCACCCUUUUUCUCGCGGCACAUGUCACAUCGCAUCUCCCAAUGUGGAAGACAAGCCUGUCUGGGAUCCGCGGUACAAUUCCGAGAAAAUCGACAUGGAGCUUCUUGCAAGUGGUGUUCAAUUCGUGGAGAAGCUGAUCGGUACCGAACCAUUUUCGAGCAUCCUAAAGCCCAACGGAAAGCGACUUCAGAGUCAUGUGCACGACCUGGAGUCUGCGAGAGAUGUCGUGAGGAGUCGCCAGAUCUCGGUGUUCCAUCUCAGUGGGAGUGCUUCCAUGCGUCCUCAGAGUGCUGGUGGCGUGGUUGACACUCGACUCAGGGUCUAUGGUGUCAAGAAUCUGCGGAUUGUCGAUGCCAGUGUUUUCCCACUCGAGCCUUCGGGAAACAUUCAAUCAACCGUCUAUGCUGUGGCUGAGAGAGCGGCUGAUAUCCUGAAGGAGGACAGGCUGAAAGCAAAGUAG